CAUGCCACUUUCGCGACCGAAAGAGCAAAAUAAAACGCAGCAGCGGCCCCAAGCGGAUCGCAAUAACGCGGAGAGUUAAAAUCAUUAAAAAUUUGUAGAAAUCAACGCUAGUUUAGAUAAAAACCCCACAAAAUGAACGCACCACCAACCUUCGAAUCGUUCCUGCUCUACGAGGGCGAAAAAAAGAUCAUCAAAGAGCUGGACACAAAAGUUCCGAACGCCGCAAUCUUCACCGUCAACAAGGAGGAUCACACCCUGGGAAACAUGAUCCGCAACCAACUCCUGAAGGAUCCGAACGUGCUGUUCGCCGGCUACAAGCUGCCCCAUCCGCUGGAGCACAAGUUCGUCAUCCGGAUUCAGACCACCUCGGACUACUCUCCCCAGGAGGCGUUCAUGAAUGCCAUCACCGAUCUGCUGUCGGAGUUGUCCCUGUUUGAGGAACGUUUCAAGGAAGCGUACAAGGACAAAAAGGAGGGCGGCGACUAAGGGAGGUUUCUUUCCGGAAGAAGAACUAGGAGGAGGGGUUUGUAAUUUUUAAAGUAUUUUUCUAUUUGAUCCCUAUCUAAACUGCGACAAUUUGAUGCUUUACUAGUAGGUACCUAUUUUAUUAUGUGUAACAAAGAAGGAGACAAGUGAAAAGGGAAA